CGUUCUAGAGUAUCGGCAUACGUGCUAGUCUAGCCUUACCUUGGAAGACCACUUUUUUUCAAAGUCUACUCUAAACAGUUUAUGAUACACGCUGUACAAAGUAUUUACUGCAAAGUGCGCCUUCAAUAUCUUCGUCCUGCGGGAUAUUCCGAGAAGCCGCCGCGGAGGACCUUUUACACCGAUCUGGAAGCUGCUUUGUUCUUACGCCCGAUCCUUCACUGGUACACAGUGUGGCAGACUCGAUACGCAACGUAGAGGUGUCAUGGACGACGGUGAUUUGUCCAAGGGCUUCCUCCAGCACAUCGAAAGUUUAGGAGGUAUCCGCAUCUUGAGUGGCAACCGAGAUCAGAAAGUAAACGGCUGCGGACUGGAAGUUACAGACGGUGGCCAAGACGGCAAUGAUAUUAAGGACGAUCAGCUUAUGAGCUGCUCGUCCUUCUCAGACUGUGAAUCAAGCGGUGAGGACACUCAGGAUUUUAAGGAUCGACAGAAGAGAAAGUUCAAACUACGCUCCUCUCCUAGCAACGGUUCAGGAGACGGACAUUGCGGCCAAGUCAGCGAGGCCCACCAACGGGUAGCAGCAAACAUGCGCGAACGCCGGCGGAUGCAGUCGAUCAACGACGCCUUCGAAGGACUCCGAGGACAUAUACCUACGUUACCUUAUGAAAAAAAGCUAUCCAAGGUGGACACUCUCCGACUUGCGAUCGGAUACAUCUCAUUCCUGACGGAACUUCUGACCACGGGUCGUAAUCCCAGCGAAAGUCGUGCCCAUCAGCAAAGGGCUUUGACCCAAAAGAAAGUCAUUGUACACAGCAAAAAAUGGUUACAGAGCGGAGAAUGCGUGGGAGUGGUUGUAUCGCAUUCGUUAUCAUGGCACUCGACAAAGCGGCGCUUUGGACCCAAUUCAAAUAACGUUAUGUAUGCUCGGACCUGGCGGCCCUCAAAGCUGCCUCUGAGUCAAUGCGAUGAACAUCAAACACCGAACAACAACCAACAUGAACCGUGAAUCACAAAUUGGUAGGAAAAAUUAAGUAAAUAUAUGCUAUGUCAUCACGCGAUCUUGUGACCCAACUUUAGCGGUUUCUGAGAGUGCGUACUAGAGGAACGCCUUGUUCCCCCAGCGGUCUAAGCAGCGUACAGUGAAGACAGUUGGCGUUCUACAUAAAAUGCAAUAGCAAGUGCUAACAAUUGAUUGAGGCUUCCGCUCCAAACAGACGGCACGACAUCGAGUAUCUAUUAACGACACAUCAUUGCUGAACUCAUGCAUUGCAGGCGCGUUUGUAUAUGGGUUUUUCAAAAAUGUUUUCCAUACUGUUUGUGAAGUGACUGCAGAAUAUACUAGAAGGUCACUGAAGAGGAUCCUGAAAGUCACUGUGCAGUGUUUGAAUAGGACCUGUGCGCUAUCUGAAACUGUCAACUAAUCAUACUUUCGCUGUACAGUUGUUUCUUACUAUGCUCAGUUGCUUCUCGGAUAUCUCAGUGUCUAUUAUAAAUAUUGUGCAAUUAUUUC